AUGUGUAAAAGCGUUGAAAGCAACAGGGCAAAAAUAAAUCGAAGUGUACUGUCCAAACAAAUUAGGAUACUGUUCCUACCGAAUCCCACGAGACUUUCCCCUCUUAUCUUGGGGAAAAAAUUUUUACCCGAAAUAAUUAGAUAUACUGAGGAAAAGGAUUUUAACGCCCUAGGUUGGAUAAAAGGGGCUGGGGAUCAAGGAAAUACCUACUCGAUCCGAGCGGAGAAAGGCCGAAGGAAUUUAUCCGAAUAUAACCGUAAAAAUAAUUGUCAUAUCAAAGUAGUUCGCGAUCAUACCGUUCAUUUGAGUGAUAUUGAAAACAUAAGGUAG